CUGGCCCGGCCUCGCCUUUCCUUCCCAGCCGCCGCCUCGCUUCAUUCACUCCCCUCAGAGGCGGGGAGAAGAUUGUGGGGUGGCUGCCGCGUUUCCGCUUCGCCUCCGUCGGGAAUCGGGACGGCCGUGAGACCAGGAUGAGUGUCCACUAACAUGGCUCUGCAGUGUAAGAUUCAGACCUUGCAGGUGGUUGACACAGAAUACAGUGCUGAUGCCGUAGAGUGGUGCCCUGUGGAGGGCUGGCACAGCAUCCUGGCAUGUGGCACCUACCAACUCAAGAAACCUGGCAGCAAUCCUGGUGAGAGCCCUGAAGGGAACAAUGAGCCCCAUGUGCGCCUGGGCCGCCUCUACCUGUAUUACUUCGGAGAACAAAUUUUCACACCACUGACUGAGAUCCAAAGGCUGGAAAUGGCUGCCCUGCUGGACAUUAAAUGGUGCCACGUUCCCAUUGCAGAACAUCCUGUUCUGGGCACUGCAAAUGCUAAGGGAGCAGUGGAGCUCUCCCGCUUAACAGGAAGUGAGAAGAGCUGCAAGCUGGAACCAUUGUGCAGCGCUGACCUGGGAGCCGAAUGCCUUGCCUUAUCUCUUGAUUGGUCCACAGGACGAGAGCAGUGUGGCUGCCCACUGCAGUUGAUCAGCAGUGAUUCAAAAGGGAGGCUGAACUUGCUGUCCAUUGAUGAAUCUGCCCCCCUGCACAUAUUGGAACAGUGGAAGGCACAUGACUUUGAGGCCUGGAUUGCUGCAUUUGACUACUGGAACACGUCUAUUGUAUAUUCAGGUGGAGAUGAUUGCAAGCUACGGGGAUGGGACAUCCGGAGCAGCCCUAGGGCUCCCAUCUUCACUAAUGAGAGGCAUUCAAUGGGAGUGUGCAGUAUUCAGAGCCAUCCACUCCGGGAGGAUCUGCUGGCCACAGGAAGCUAUGAUGAACAUGUCAUCCUGUGGGAUACCCGGAAUAUGAAGCAGCCACUGGCGGACACCCAUGUGGAGGGUGGAGUUUGGAGGUUAAAGUGGCAUCCAACACAGGAGCACUUACUACUCGCAGCCUGCAUGCACAAUGGCUUCAAAAUCCUCAAUUGCCAAGGCUGUAUGGUGGAGAACAAAGAGGAAUGCACUGUUCUUUCAUCUUAUAUCUUGCAUAAUUCCUUGGCUUAUGGAGCUGAUUGGUCAAGGCUUUCUCUGAGCGACCCCUUGGAGCUAUCUGCAGUGAUGCCUGUAGUUCCUGUGGAGCAAGAAGCAAGGCGAGUGGAUCUCAAAACCCAAAACCUGAAGAUAGUUUAUGAAUCCCCUACGGCCACCUUUGAUGUGGUGUUGGAGGAAGAGGAUCAAACCCCUGGCUUGCCGAUCCAAGCAGAAAGUAGCUUUGACUUGCAGGGACCACGUACUGAUGAAAAAGGUUCAGAAACCAAAGCACACAGUGAAACUGACUUGGUCAAAGUUAAAAAAGAGACCAGCCUCUUAGCAACAUGUUCUUUUUAUGAUAGUGUCCUACAUGUGUGGAAAUGGGAGGCUAGCCAGACUGCCACUUUGUCCUGAACAUUGUGACAGUGCUAAUUAAAGUUGUGGUAUGCCUGCCUUUUUCAGCAGCAUGCCUUUUUAGUAUUAGGGUUUGAAAGACAGAUAUAGAUUUUUGGUAGGAAGGCCCUGAUAGGAAUUCCUAUCACCUCUUCUAUAUCAGAUUUACAGCUUUAUUCCU